AUGGCGCAUUCGCGCGGCCGCGAAGACGACGACCUCUUCAAGAGGCGGUGCAAGUGGGUGAACGGGCCGCUGAUAGUCGGGGCGGGGCCGUCGGGGCUGGCGGUGGCGGCGUGCCUGCGGGAGCACGGGGUGCCGUUCGUGGUGGUCGAGCGCGCCGACUGCGUGGCCUCGCUGUGGCAGCGGCGCACGUACGACCGGCUGAAGCUGCACCUGCCGAAGCAGUUCUGCCAGCUGCCCAAGUGCCCGUUCCCGGGCGACUUCCCGCAGUACCCGACGCGGCGGCAGUUCGUCGAGUACCUGGAGCGCUACGCGCGGCGGUUCGGGAUCGCGCCGCGGUUCAACGAGAGCGUGGAGCGCGCGCGCUACGACGAGACGUGCGGGAUGUGGCGCGUGCGGGCGUCGGCGGGGGAGGAGUACAUGUGCCAGUGGCUGGUGGUGGCCACGGGGGAGAACGCCGAGCGCGCGCUGCCGGAGAUCGUCGGGAUGGCGGAGUUCGCCGGCGACGUCGCGCACGCCGCCGACUACACGUCCGGAGAAGGCUACGCCGGGAAGGAGGUCUUGGUCGUCGGCUGCGGCAACUCCGGCAUGGAGGUGUGCCUCGACCUCUGUCACCACGGCGCCCACCCCACUAUGGUCGUUCGCGACUCUGUUCACGUACUACCAAGGGAGAUCCUGGGGAAGUCGACGUUCGAGAUCUCCGUUUCGCUCUCGAAAUGGCUCCCACUGUGGGUGGUCGACAAGAUCCUGGUGGCCUCGGCCAGGGCCAUUCUCGGGGACGUGGAGAAGCACGGCUUGAAGCGGCCAUUAAUGGGGCCUCUGGAGCUCAAGAACAGGGAGGGUAAAACCCCUGUUUUGGACACCGGCGCUCUGAGGAAGAUCAAGUCCCGGGAGAUCAAGGUCGUUCCUGGGAUCAAGAGGUUCCUGCGCGGAGGCGUCGAGCUCGUCGAUGGGACGGUGAUCGGCGUCGACGCCGUCGUCAUGGCCACCGGUUACCGCAGUAACGUCGCGUCAUGGUUGAAGGGGAGUGAAUUUUUCUCCAAAGAUGGGUUCCCAAAGCAGCCAUUUCCAAAUGGGUGGAAAGGGAAAUGUGGGCUGUAUGCAGUUGGGUUCACAAGAAGAGGACUCUCUGGAGCUUCUCUAGAUGCAGUGAAAAUAGCAGAGGACAUAGCCAGGAUCUGGAGAAAAGAAACUAAACAAGCUAAACAUAUCAUUGCAUGCCAUAGAAGAUGCAACUCACAGAUUUAA